CCCCGACGUCACCGCUACGCUGCUACGUGUACGUUUUAGGGGGAGGGGCACGUAAACAGAGAAUUCUAAAUAAAGCGGAGUGCUGCAUAAUAUUUCUUCAUCGUUUUAUUAGGCAGUGUAAAGGUCAUUUGAGUUAUGCCGAUACGUCGUGCUGCUGGGUCUAACCAGGAGACUGCUCCUUCCGCGGCACCAGAAGCAGAGCCUGAUGCCAGCUCUGAGGAGUCGGCAUCCGUAGGGGAGGGGGUGGCAGCGGCCCCAGCCCCCGGGGCCAAGCAGGGCGAGGAGGCGGCCGAGGGCGAAGAGGCGGAAGGAGGAGAAGCACCUAAAGAGAACGGCGAGAAGGCGGAGGAGGCCGAGAAAAACGCAGACGAGUCCGCCGGAGAGAAGGCCGAGGAGAAGAAAGCCGAGGGGGAGGAGGCGGAAAAGAAAGAAGAGAAGGAUGGAGUGAAAGAGAAACCCAAGAAGCCAAUGAAAAGGACCGUUCCUGCAUGGGCUACCCUUUCCGCCAGCAAAAAGGUGGUGGUCACCACCAAGUUUGCGGGCAACCAACCCAAGGUGGACGACAUCCUCUUUGAGGCUGUUGAGUCCUGCAAGGACAAGACCGGCGCCUCAGUCUACUCGGUGAUGAAGUACAUCGUAAAUAAAUACCCUAACCUGGAGCUGGACAAGAGGAAAUACCUCCUGAAGAAAGCUCUGCAGAGGCAGGUGGAGAAAGGGACCAUCAGACAGCUGAAGGGGAAGGGAUUCUCUGGAAGCUUCACCAUCGGGAAGCAGCCGCCCAAACCAGCCGCUAAGAAGCCGACCGUGACUCCCGGCAUGAAGGCAGAGUCCCUGGGCGACGCCCUGCCCCUCAUCAUCACACGCCUCUGUGAGCCCAAAGAGGCCUCCUACAUCCUCAUCAAGAAGUAUGUGGAGCAACACUUCCCCCACUUCAACGUGGAGAACAGGCCGGACAUCCUCAAGUCGGCUCUGGUGAGAGCCGUGGAGAAGGGACACCUGGAGCAGAUCACUGGUAAAGGAGCAUCCGGAACCUUCCAGCUGAAGCGUGCUGGGGACAAGAUCCUGAUGAAAGGGGGGCCCCUGGAGGACGCCAUCUUCACCGCCAUCACGGCCAUGAACGAGCCCAAGACCUGCAGCAUCCCCACACUCCGCAAGCACCUGGUCGAGACAAACAAGGACAACGUAGAAUACCGCCUGGUGAACACCCUGAAGAAGACCCUGCAGAAGUGUAAAAUGAUGGGCUGGAUGGAGCAGAUCACUGGGAACGGCCUCACUGGAACCUACCAGCUCUCCUACCCUUACUACCCCAGCCCAGCCGUGUUGUUCCCAGAUAAACAUAAGCCUGUGGAGAAGCCCAAGCGCCGGAGGACCGUGGACUCAUCCUCCGAGGAAUCCUCCUCUGAGGAGGAAGAGGAGUCAGAGGAAGAGUCGUCGGAGGAUGAUGAACCUCCUCCCCCUCCUAAGAGGAAAGCCCAGAAGAGGCCCGCCCCUAAAGCGCGCCGCCCUCCACCCAGCAAGAAGCCCAGACCAGCCAGCCAAUCAAAGGCCAAGGGCAAGAGACCUGCCCCUGGGAAAAAGGCUCCCCCUCCUGCCAAGAAAUUAGCACCACCAGCAAGAAAGUCUGCCCCUCCGCCAGCCAGGAAACCAGUCCCCCCAGCAAAGAAACCUGCAGCAUCCAGCAAAGCUGCCCCCCCCAAGAAGGCUCCACCACCACCAGCUAAAUCCACACCUGUCAAGAAGGCAGCCCCAGCCAGGAAGCCUAAGACACCGGUCGCCAAAAAGCUCACCAGUAGGGCGACCAAGCGGCCCGUGGCCAAAAAGUUGCCCCCAGCCAAGCCAGCAGCCAAGCCAGCAGCCAAGUCAGCGGUGAAGACCAAGCCAGCAGCACGCAAGUCUGUGCGGGGCCGGAAGUGAGGUCACAGGAAGUGAGGUCAUGACAGCCUGUCUCCAGCAGGCUAACCGUGUAGCUCUGAAGAUGGCAGUUCUCAGCCUAUCAUCCCGCUCCUUUUUUUUAUGCGUCUUCUGGAGACUAGUAUUCUUUGUAGGAUAAGGAUGUGACUGUUAUCUGUAAAGUCAGUUUACUGUAUUAUGGCAAGUUGUCAGGUUGAUUUAUUAUAAUUUUUUAACCCAUGUUUUAAAUGCCAUUGCGUAGAAAGGCAAUUUUAAGGUGUGAAAAAGAUACAUCAGUCCUCCAUCUGUAUUCCUUCUCUCACACGUCCUCUGAUUAAUUUAUAGGCAGAGGCCUGACAUACUCUACUAGAAUUAAAUUGGCUUUUUUAUUUUAUAUAUUUUUCAUGCUUAUUCACUUCCUCCCCAAAUUAUCAGCACACAUUCCUUGUAUCCAAUACUGUCAGCUAAGUAUCCGAUACCGCUUCUCUUUCUGACUAAGGACUGUUGAAGAACAAAAUUGAAACAUAAACUGAGUUUAUGAAGCGGAUGGUGACAGAAAGAACUUGGGCUGUGCUUCAAGUCUCUCGUUUUGAGGAAUAAAGCGCAGCGGUGGACCAUGACUUCCCAUCGUCACGAGUUCAAAGAGGAUUAGAAACGUACUGGAAAGAUAUUUCAGUUUGAGUGGAAUUUUAUUACCUGAAUGAGGACAUUUGAUUGAUUAAAAAACGGAUUUCAGAAUGCAUAGUGUUAUUUGCAGCUCUACCGUUAAAUAGCAGGGAUCAUGUCAUUUUGAUGUGAAAAAGGUCUAUUCAAAAUUUAUUGGUUGUAAAUUUGUAAGGCUCUAUAACAGAUCUCUUAUCAGACACAGCCAUUUAUAUUCGAUGUGCUAUGAAUGACUGACAUUUGUUUUGAAGGAAGUAAGCUCAUACAUACUGUACCCUAUUGCCCAGCAUGCACGUUCUCCUUUCUGUUAUGCUUUUUUCCUCAGUCAUUAAUAAAAUGGCUAUAUUUGUACUCCA